GGUCACUCCAGCGAGGUGAUCAGCCCCGAGAUCCUCAAGAUGAGGGCAGCUCUCUUCUGCAUCUUCACCUACCUGGACACCAAGACCCUGCUGCGGGCAGCCGAGGUGUGCAAGGACUGGAAGUUCGUGGCCCGGCAUCCAGCCGUGUGGACACGGGUGCUGCUGGAGAAUGCCAGGGUGUCCUCCAAGUUCCUGGCCAUGCUGUCCCAGUGGUGCACCCAGAUGCACUCCCUCACCCUCCAAAACCUCAAGCCACGCCAGCGAGGGAAGAAGGAGAGCAAGGAGGACUACAUGAAGAGCACACGGGGCUGCCUGGAAGCCGGGCUGGAGUCCCUGCUGAAGGCGACGGGCAGCAACCUGCUCAUCCUCCGCAUCUCGCACUGCCCCAACGUGCUGACGGACCGCUCGCUCUGGCUGGCCAGCUGCUACUGCCGAGCCCUGCAGGCUGUCACGUACCGGAGCUCUACAGACCCUGUGGGUCAUGAAGUCAUCUGGGCCCUUGGAGCAGGUUGCAGGGACAUCAUCUCCCUCCAGGUCGCACCUCUGCAUCCCUGCCAGCAGCCGACGCGUUUCAGCAACCGCUGCCUUCAGAUGAUCGGUCGGUGCUGGCCGCACCUGCGGGCGCUGGGCAUUGGAGGGGCAGGCUGCGGCGUCCAGGGACUGGCAUCCUUAGCCCGAAAUUGCAUGCGGCUUCAGGUCCUGGAGCUGGACCACGUGGCGGAGAUCAACCAGGAGGUUGCGGCGGAGAUGUGUCGAGAGGGGCUGAAGGGGCUGGAGAUGCUGGUGUUGACCUCCACGCCGGUCACCCCCAAAGCCCUGCUGCACUUCAACAGUGUGUGCCGGAACCUGAAGUCCAUCGUCGUGCAGGUGGGCAUUGUGGACUACUUCAAGGAACCCCACAGCCCUGAAGCCAAGAAGAUGUUUGAAGAAAUGGUGAACAAACUCCAGGCCCUGAGAAAGAGACCCGGCUUCUCCAAGAUCUUACACAUCAAAGUGGAAGGAGGCUGUUAG